GAGAAGCCAGGCGAGGCCGCCCUCGGAAAUCUCAGGGGCACUUGGGCCUGUGAGAAUAACGCUGACAGCGGCCAUGCGAGGCUGCAACUCCAAACCCGGCGAGGUUCCGCUGAAACUGACGAAGAGCACACAGGCACUCCAGCUGUUAGAACGGCGCCUACAGCCAGAAAGCUCCCAACGCGCAGGCGCGCCUGAGGGGGGGCCAUGGAUGGGCGGAGCCCAGAGCCGGAAGUGCCUCCCACAGGAACUGCCUCGAGGUCCCGCCUCCAAGAGAACCUUUGGUUGCUGGGCAACUGGUGCUGGCGCUGCCUGCUGGUUCUAUGCUCCCUGGAAAAGGCUGCCUGUAGCUCUCUCCUACAGCCCUGACAGCCUCCCUUCCCCUUCGUCGCUUCGCGUGCCGCUUCUCUUCGCUUCACUAAAUCCGAAUCCUUGGCACUGCUUGCAUCUCUCUGCCUCCCACGCGUUGUUAGUGCCCACUUGCCGCAAAGCCAAGUUCCAGCGCAGGCAAAGCAGUCUGACCCCGGCCUUCCUGCGAAACCACAGCUCUCCAGUCAUGGCCACCUACACCUACACCAGCCGGCCCCGGGCCCUGCCCUGCCAGCGCCGCCGUUAUCGGGACAGUCUGUUGCAGCCAGAGGAAGAGCCUGUCCGUUAUGGAAACAUAAUGUACGACAGACGAGUGAUCCGAGGCAACACAUACGCACUACAGACAGGGCUGCUGCCUGGGCAGCCUGAUCCUGUAGAGCUGCAGAGAAAGCAGCAGGCUAAGAAGAAGGCUCUUGCCAAAAAACGAGCUCAAGAGCAGCUCAAACCACGGACACCUGAACCCGUAGAAGGCAGGAAGCAUGUGGAUGUACAGACAGAAUUGUAUCUUGAAGAAAUUGCUGACCGCGUAAUAGAAGUUGACAUGGAAUGCCAAACAGAUGCAUUUCUGGACAGACCACCAACACCACUUUUCAUUCCUGCCAGAACUAACAAAGAUGUGGCCACUGAGAUACUAGAAGGAGAGCUCUUUGAUUUUGAUCUUGAAGUUAAACCAAUGUUGGAAGUUUUGGUGGGCAAGACAAUUGAGCAGUCCCUACUGGAAGUGAUGGAAGAAGAAGAGCUGGCCAACCUGCAGGCCAGUCAGUGUGCCUACGAAGAAAUGCGGAACGUUGAGCUGGCUGAAGUCCAGCGACUGGAAGAGCAGAAGAGGCGACACGAAGAAGAAAAAGAACGUCGCAAGCGGCAGCAGUGGGAAAUAGUGCACAAGCAGAACGAGACAUCCCAGAAGAUAGCGGCCUGUGCAUUUGCACAGCGCUACCUGGCUGACCUCCUCCCCUCUGUUUUUAGCAGUCUCAGAGACAGUGGCUACUUUUAUGAUCCCAUUAAAAGAGACAUUGAGCUAGGAUUUCUUCCAUGGCUAAUGAAUGAAGUUGAAAAAACCAUCGACUACAGCCUGGUUGGAAGGACAGUGCUUGACAUGUUGAUCCGUGAAGUGGUUGAAAAGAGACUGAAUAGUUAUGAGCGUAAGGAGGGAUCCCCUCCUUCGAAAUGGGAGGAGGAGCUUGAGAUUCCUGAAAGAAAGAGAGAUUCCACCAUAAACUACUUAACCCAAGAGCCAAGCACACUGCAGGCUCAGAAGCGAUUAUCAGACACAGAGUACUUGCGAGCACCAUCAAUUGACAGAGGGCCACCAACCCAAGAAAGGAAGCCUGUGGAAGAAGAGUUCCAGGGGCCAGAUGAUGACGCAGAAAUGAGGAGAUCUUUAGACACAGAAGACCCCACGGGAGCUUCAGAGCUGUGAAACCGAUCAACAGCCAAGUCAACAAAGCAAGUGAGGUACUGAUGCAGGAGGCCCCACGGGCGAUAGAAAUUGUACUGUGUCUGGUCAACAUGUCUCUCUGUCUAUGGCCUGAGUAAAGCACGUGUGAUAAAAUAAUAAAAAUUCAUAAAAUGACA